AAUAACAACGCGCAAUCGCAACGGCAUGCCCUAAUAAUCGAAUCUGUCCUCGUCCAACCUUGUCCAAAACCGGCAACUAAUGGCUUGAAUGUGUAACCGCAAUUCGCCAUGCAGAGAGCACUCGAACCUUUCAGAAUAGCACACGCGAAUGGCGACGCAUAUACCAUCGCCGCUCUCCUCAGCCCAGUCGCUCCUCGAGAUGAUCCCGCUCGAUUAUAUGACUUUCAUCGUGCUUCGAACGAGCACCAGGUCGAACCGGAAAUACGCAGCGCUCUGAAAUACACAAACAAAGCCAAGAAAGCCGAGCUGACCAAGUACGACGAGUUGGCCGCAUGGACUGAUAUCUUCGUGAAGUACUGGAGGGCUGUAGGCGCAAUUCUCAGAGCAGAAGAGGCCUCGAAUCAAGGCAGGCUUGGAGACCGACACUGCAUAGAUGUGUAUGAUGCUUGGAAAGAGCUCGUAAAUGCGUUCAUGAAGCACCUACAGGAUGGAGCAAUGCCUCCUUGGGCUCUCAUUGCCAUGUACUUUACCGCGAAUCAUCUAAGAAAGCUUGCCAUCAAGGCGGAUGAGCAAAUUUCCAAAACCAAAGGGGCCACGACCUCCAACUCUGUAUUCCAAGAUGACAUCGUGAGCAGCAAUGUCCCGCGAAGUGAGAAGCUCGAGGACACAGCUCGUGUUUACAACAGAAUGUUUGCCCUGUGCUCGGGAGACAGGAACCCAGAUUUGAAUUCAUCACGAAAAUGGGGAACGUAUUAUGUGGCCAAUCUCCAAUUCAAAACUUACUUCAAGCUCAAAAACGUAAGCUUGUCCAAGAACAUCGUUAGGUCAGUCGAAGCGCAAUCCGACCUGCCUCCCUUCCAACAAUUUCCGGCAUCGCAUAGAGUGACAUACAACUACUAUGUUGGGGUUCUCGCGUUUCUGCAAGAGAACUAUGAGAGAGCCGAAAAGUGCUUGACCCAAGCUUGGGAUCUUUGCCUCCCCGAUUCAACGAAAAACCAAGAGUUGAUCUUGACUUAUCUAAUACCAUGUCGCCUGAUAACCACACACAAUAUUCCUACUCAAGCACUGCUCUCGUCUUAUCCACGCCUCAAACGGAUCUUUGGGCCCCUGGUAGCUUGUAUCAAAACUGGGGACCUAGCUGGAUUUGACCGAGCCUUGGUGGACGCUGAGGACGAGUUUGUCAAGCGUCGGAUAUACCUAACCCUUGAAAGAGGCCGCGAUGUAGCCGUCCGGAAUCUCCUGCGCAAGGUGUUUCUCGCUGCCGGCUUCGAAGAGCUGAAAGAAGGUCAGACCGAAGCGGACCGAGUACGAAGGAGUAGGAUACCAUUGUCACAUUUUGCAGCUGCGCUGCGCAUGCGAACGGGAGGGCAGGCGAAUGGCCAGGUGAUCGAGGACGAGGAGGUCGAGUGCAUACUUGCAAACCAGAUAUACAAGGGCUUCAUAAAGGGAUACAUCUCCAGGGAACACUCCAUGGUUGUGCUGAACAAGAAAGGCGCUUUUCCGGGCACCGGGGUAUGAGGGCUCUGCGCUUUUCAUGUGCCACCGUGUGUAUAUGUAUACAACCUACCAGAAAGCUGGAUACCUUGCGGACCUCCGGGGCCGCAUAUAAGAUUUGCUAAGAUGCAUACUCUCAUGAACGAGAGCAUCUUGCACAUGGCAAAACUACGUUCCUUUGCCUUGCGAGGUGGUCUUUCUGACGAUGUCGAAUGCUUUUGUUGCAGUUAGGCGUCAGUUCUUGCAUGGUAAGACGGGAGCCUGGAUAUCAGGAGGACAUUGAAAGGCCUAGAUGAGCUCCGCCGCCACGCUUCCAUACCAUCCUGUUCAACAGAGAUAAGUGAACGCCAAAUAAAAGCACUAGAUUUAGUAGUGCAA